UGAGGACAUCAAGGGAGAAGGCACCCAGGGAGAAGCCCACCCAGCUGGCCCUCAGACAGCCCCGCCAGGGACCCACCGAUGAGGCGCAGAUGGCGGCCGCCGCCGCCCUGGCCCGGCUGGAGCAGAAGCAACCCCGGACCCGGGGCCCCACAUCGCAGGAUGCCAUCCGGAACCAGGUGAGGAAGGAGCUUCGAGCAGAGGCCACUGGCAGCGGGAGCCCGGAUGCCCCAGGGACCAACUCGGUGCCUGAGCCCAGGGAGGAAGGCUCGAUCCAGCUGGCAGUGCCUGCUGUGCUCUUCAUCUGCCCGCUCACCGGCGCCACCCUCAGGAAGGACCAGCGCGAGGCCCACAUCAGAGAGGCCAUUCUGGAGCACUUCUCCACUGACCCGGUGGCUGCAUCUAUCAUGAAGAUCCACACGUUCAACAAGGACCGGGACAGGGUGAAGCUGGGCGUGGACACCAUCGCCAAGUACCUGGACAACAUCCACCUGCACCCCGAGGAGGAGAAGUACCGGAAAAUCAAGCUGCAGAACAAGGUGUUCCAGGAGCGCAUCAACUGCCUGGAGGGGACCCACGAGUUUUUCGAGGCCGUUGGGUUCCAGAAGGUGACACUUUCAGUUCCUGACCAGGAGGGCCCCGAGGAGUUCUACGUGCUGAGCGAGGCUGCCCAGGCCCGGCCGCAGCGCCUGGAGCAGCACAAGACCCAGCUGCUGGCGGCCGAGCCCGUGCGCGCCACCCUGGACCGGCAGCGUCGCGUCUUCCGGCCCUCGCCCCUGGCCUCGCAGUUCGACCUGCCCGGGGACUUCUUCAACCUCACGGCGGAGGAGCUCAGGCGGGAACAGAGGCUCCGGUCCGACGCUGUGGCGCGGCUGAGCAUGCUGCGGACCCAGGCCAUGCGCGACAAGGAGGGCCAGCGCGAGCUGCGCAAGUAUACCUACACGCUGCUGCGCGUGCGCCUGCCCGACGGCUGCCUCCUGCAGGGGACCUUCUACGCCCGGGAGCGGCUGGCGGCGGUGUACGCAUUUGUCCGCGAAGCCCUGCACAGCGACUGGCUGCCCUGCGAGCUGCUGGCCUCGGGCGGGCAGAAGCUGUUGGAGGACGAGAGCCUGGCCCUGAACGAGUGCGGCCUGGUGCCCUCCGCGCUCCUGACCUUCUCGUGGGACGCGGCUGUUCUGGAGGACAUGAAGGCUGCAGGGGCUGAGCCCACCUCCAUCCUGAAGCCCGAGCUCCUGUUGGCCAUCGAGAAGCUCUCGUGAAGUAAAAGCCGAGAUGGCCUCUGCCCUGGGGUCUGUCUCCUGUGUCCUCGUCCCGUCCCCCCAUAGCCUCCAGGCCCUCUCCAGAAACACUAGCUGUGCCCCAUGGGCACGGGAGGGGCGUGGCUGGCUGUGGAGCCAUGGAAGAGGCCAGGCCCACAGGGGUGAGCGCCGGGCCCAUCUUGAGGGCUUGGGGGCAGCGCCGAGUCCACGCCCUCUACUAGCUGCUAUUAACCGGGUCACGGAACCCCCUUCCCUGGGCAGGUAUGGGCAUCUCUCUCAGUAGGCGAGGGUCUGCAGCACCUGGCUCCCGCAUGCCGUGGGCAGUGGGCACGUGUGGUGCUGGAAGCUGGUGACGGUGGCAGGGGGAGACGCUGGCUUGUCAGCACCCAGCUCUGUAAUUACUAAGUUAUGAGUCCAAAUAAAUAGGAUGUUUGGAUGUA